AUGGCAGAGAAGGGUAUGGAUCCCGCGUGUGUCUCCAUUGCCCUUGAGGACACGGUGUGCCAUGCCAGCCCCCCAGAUGCCCCGCUCCUCACCACCCACUUGAAGAAGGUGGAGAACCACAUCACAGAGGCCCAGAGGUUUUCCCACCUCCCAAAGCGCUCGGCUGUCAACAUUGAGUUCAUUGACCUGUCCUACUCUGUGCGGGAAGGCUCCUGGUGGAGGAAGAGAGGGUACAAGACUCUCCUCAAAUGCCUGUCCGGGAAGUUCUGCCAGCGGGAGCUCAUUGGGAUCAUGGGGCCCUCGGGUGCUGGGAAGUCCACGCUCAUGAACAUCCUGGCUGGCUACAGGGAGACCGGCAUGAAGGGCCAGAUCCUGGUGAAUGGCCGGCCGCGGGACCUGCGUACCUUCCGUAAGAUGUCCUGCUACAUCAUGCAGGAUGACAUGCUCCUGCCACACCUCACCGUGCUGGAGGCUAUGAUGGUCUCUGCUAACCUGAAGCUGAGUGAGAAGCAGGAGGUGAAGAAGGAGCUGGUGAACGAGAUCCUGACGGCCCUGGGCCUGCUGGAGUGCUCCUACACCCGCACCAUCUCGCUGUCUGGGGGCCAGCGCAAGCGCCUGGCCAUCGCCCUGGAGCUGGUGAACAACCCUCCCGUCAUGUUCUUUGAUGAGCCCACAAGCGGUCUGGACAGUGCCUCCUGCUUCCAGGUGGUUUCCCUGAUGCGGUCGCUGGCUCAGGGUGGGCGCACCAUCAUCUGCACCAUCCACCAGCCCAGCGCCAAGCUCUUUGAGAUGUUCGACAAGCUGUACAUCCUGAGCCAGGGCCAGUGCAUCUUCAAAGGCGUCGUGACCAACCUCAUCCCCUACCUGAAGGGUCUCGGCCUCCACUGCCCCACAUACCACAACCCUGCUGACUUCAUUAUCGAGGUGGCCUCAGGAGAAUACGGGGACCUCAACCCUGUCCUGUUCCGCGCUGUCCAGAAUGGCAUGUGCACCAUGGCUGAGAAGAAGAGCAGCCCUGACAAGGCAGAUCCGUCAUGCCCAGCACACUGUGUGACGGAUGUGGACCACAUUGAGAGCCACACUUUUGCCACCAGCACUUCAACCCAGUUCUGCAUCCUCUUCAAGAGAACCUUUAUCUGCAUCCUAAGGGACACGGUGCUGACCCACCUGCGGUUCAUGUCCCACAUCUGCAUCGGGGUGCUGAUCGGGCUGCUCUACCUGCACAUUGGCAACGACGCGGGCAAAGUCUUCAACAACACUGGCUUUCUCUUCUUCUCCAUGCUCUUCCUCAUGUUUGCCGCACUGAUGCCCACCAUCCUCACCUUCCCCCAGGAGAUGUCUGUAUUCCUGCGAGAGCACUUGAACUACUGGUACAGCCUGAAAGCCUAUUAUCUGGCAAAGACCAUGGCAGACGUGCCCUUCCAGGUGAUCUGCCCCAUCGCAUAUUGCAGCAUCGUGUACUGGAUGACGGGUCAGCCACCUGAAGCCACGCGCUUCCUCCUCUUCUCUGCCCUGGCCACUGCCACGGCCCUGGUGGCCCAGUCCCUCGGGCUUCUCAUUGGAGCUGCUUCCACUUCCUUACAGGUGGCUACCUUUGUGGGGCCCGUCACUGCCAUCCCCGUCCUGCUCUUCUCGGGCUUCUUCGUCAGCUUCAAGACCAUCCCCACCUACCUGCAGUGGAGUUCCUACGUCUCCUAUGUCAGGUAUGGCUUCGAAGGUGUCAUUCUCACCAUCUAUGCCAUGGAGCGCGAGGACCUGGAGUGCCUCGAGGACUUCUGCCCUUUCCAAAAACCCAUCAAGAUCCUGCAGGAGCUGGACGUGGAGGAGGCCAAGCUCUACCUGGACUUCCUCAUCCUGGGCAUCUUCUUCGUCAUCCUGCGGCUCCUGGCUUAUCUGGUCCUCAGGUACAAAGUCAAGUCAGAGAGAUAAAGGGGCUGUGGAGCCCCGGUGCCGUUCCCGGGCCUGGCCUGCUGUGAGAGACGGUUCUGCAGAUGGAUGCAGUGCUCCUAGCAGGUCACGGACCGUGGCGGAGGCGUCGGUAGGUGCCAGCCAGGCCUGGCUCAGUCGAGAAGGGUUUUGAGACAUCUCGGAACUGUUUUAACCUUUCCACACACUCUCCAUUGCAAACGUUUUGUACAGCCCUGGCAUGUGCCAUCCUCUCCCCAAGAACUGCCAAACCCCACG